CGCGCGCGCAGAGAGCGGAGCUGUCACUCACUCACUCACUCACUCAGUUAUGGCGUCAGCGGCUUUUAACGGAACUCAGAUUACCUACAUCGGACACGACUGCGAGGACAUCCCAGAUUUCCUCGGGGACGAGUAUGGACACUCAGCGAAGAGACUGGAUCUGAGCUUCAACCAGCUCAGGUCACUGUCGGGCCUCGAGAGCUUCGCCGGGCUGGAGGAGCUGCUGGUCGACAACAACCUGCUGGGGAACGACCUGCGGUUGCCGAGGUUACCGCACCUGCACACCCUGACGCUGAAUAAGAACCAACUGACUGACAUCGAGGCCCUGCUGGAACACUUGGCCGCCGCCGCCCCGUCGCUGCAGUACCUGAGUCUGCUGGGUAACCAGGCCUGUCCCAACCAGCUGGUCAGCCCGGAUAAGGACGAGAACGACUACCAGAGAUACAGGUACUUUGUUCUGCACAAGUUGCCGCAGCUGAAGUUCUUGGACACGCGGAGAGUUACCAACAUGGAGCUGACGGAGGCUCAGGAGAGAGGAGCCUUCAUGAAGGUGGUCAAACCCAAGUCAGACGCACCAUUGAAGGAGGCUGAGCGUCAACCACUGCCCUACACUCCACUGCCACAAGGCUCCAGAGAGGCCAAGAACCACAAAGGAGCUUUCUCCAAGUGUUGUUACGUUUACUACGGCAAACACUCGGAGGGAAACAGGUUCAUCCGAAACGACCAACUGUGACGUGACGCCGCUCGAAGCUAAAGAGGGAAAAAAUCGAAAGGAAGACCAAGAUCAAAGCAAUCAUGGCGUAUUUAUUACAGGGCAGUUGUUUUUGAAUCACACACUUGAGUCUAAAUGCACUGGAGAAUAACAACGGAAACUUUGGUAGAAUGUUAUGAAUGUUAUGUACGAUGAAUGUGUUUUGUUUUGUUUUUUUCCAAAAAGUAAAGUUAGCAAAGCUUCUGCUUCGACCUUAGCGCCAGGCUACGUCCAUUAUACUUUGUUUUCAUUUAAAUACAACUCAAAAAUCCUGCUGCGGACGCACUAUCCUGACAUUUUCAGGCCAAUAUAGACGGUAAACCAAAUCUGUGACACACAAUUUGUUCUACACAUGUGACAUAAUGUGGCUACUAUUGCUAGCGUUCCAGUUGUAGUCGGAACUCAGAGUAUUUGUUCCACAGUAAAUCAGUCGUGCACAUCAUAGUGUUUCAUUUUUAACACUAAAAAUGUUGCUACGAUGUUUGAGUGUGCGAAAUACCGUGUAGUUAUCGUUGUUGUUAGCGACCGGUGUUGCUAACAACAACUAUUUUGUGACGUCAUCAGUGGGUAGAAUUUACAUAAGUGGGAACGUACUUGGAUGAUCACCUAAAUUUCACAAAAACAAUCAGACUUAAACACAUUUUAACUUGUUCAAAGGGACAGAACCAUGUCAAAUUGAAAUUGCUGCCACAUCUGUAAUCUGGAUUAGAUCUUGAUUAUAUUUAGUAGUCAUAGUACAGUCACUUAUCCUGCAUACACACACCAGAUUUUGUUCGAAUCUGAUAUGUUUUGACAGAUACGUCAUUGUUUUUUACAGUUUUGCCCAUUAUAAAUGAAUGGGGUUUCUUGAAAGUUUGAUAGUAUUUUGUAACGUCAUCAGUGAGUACAUUCUAACCAAAAUUUAGUGGGAACAUUCUUGGGUGAUCACCUACCCUUCACAAAAAAUUCAGAUUGCUCUGUCAAAAACUGCACGUCUUUGAAUUUAAUCACCACAAUAAAUACAGUUUGUUUUCCAGCACAAGAAGUGAGUGACAUGUCAGGAAAUAGUGGAUUCGAUUGUUGUGUUUUAAUCUCAGCUGUGAUUGAAGGUGUUUGGUCAGUUUGUUCUUCAAGUCUGCAGGAUGUGUUCAUUGUCUUUUAAUGUCAGAAACAUUCCAAAUUGUCCAGCUUUAAUGAAGAACAGAGUAUUGCAUCAUUUCUUGUUACUUGUGCCACUGCAACUGAAAUGUCCAUUUCAAUUUUAGCAUUAAAUAAAUUAAAAUUGUUCCCUGUCCA